CAAAAUUGGAUGUCAAAUGAAACGGCAAUUACUGUGUCAUGGACGAUGGACAUAUCCGCCGGGUAAUUUAUACUACCUGUGGAUUAUAACAAUACCUUAAUUUAUGGAUGAUUGUAUAUAAACUAGAUGCUCUUUAUAAAGAGGUUUGCGACGUGCGUGAUUUUUACUGUUUCGUAUCGUAUAUUAAAACUUACUUAACUCAAACAAAGGUUUAGGUUUAGGACUAGUGAAAUAUUGUAGAGCUUUUGUUUCGAAAGUUAUUUAAGAAUAUGCAUUUUCGAAAAUAUUCCAAAAGGCAAAAGUAACUACAUAUUAUGUAUAAUAUAAAGUACCAACAGAUUUUGUUAUUAUGAGCCUUCUUGAAAACGUAUCUUGAAAAUGUACUCUAUAACUGUUUUUAGACUUGUCAUUUUCAUUCAAAUCUUUAUCUUCACCGAAGCGAACAAUAAAUGUGCAGUAACGCCUAAAAUCCCAAAAUACCACCUACUAGAGAAGUGCCAUAGAUCAACAUUAGGUGUCGCCGCACGUGCGAACUACGAAUCUCUUACAAGCUGCUUCCGACUGGGCAUUGAGAAGAAGGCUUUGGCACUAAACUUUAGCCCCAAACAUGCAUGGAAUAGUUCCCUUGAGUAUUCUUGUGAAGUGCUAAAGUGUGCGGAGUCGGAAGGCGGUUUGUCGCUGAGUAAUGAUACGAGAUACGACUAUUACAGUAUUUAUGCCAAGCCUAUACCUAAUGUUAACACGACGUGCGUACCAGCCUCAGGAAUGUUUUACUUACUGGACAACCAGUUGAACUAUACGCAAGCUCAGAACAAAUGUGAAAACAUGAGUGGCGUACUAGCAGAUGUUACUAGCGAGCAACGCACGGACGCGCUUGCGCAAGUACUAAUCAAUGCUAACUUGGCAGCCGCUUAUGUUGGACUUACUAAAAACAACGGCUCUUCUUUUUAUAGUUUGAAUGGAAAUUCUCUGGAUUGCACAACAUAUAGAGCGUGGGCUCCAGGCCAUCCGCGAAAUAACCCUAAUUACAAUUGUGUUGUAUUGACCAAGCAGCACACAUGGCGAACUACAAGAUGUAAUAACGCAUUCCCAUCCUUAUGCGAACUUUUUCCAAAUGGUCCAUACAAAAAAGGUUCUAUAUUUACCAAUAUCGGAAAUGAAACAACAUCUUUCAACGAAUACCAUGAAAAUGAUGAUGCAGCCAACAUCACAUCUUCAAUGUUUAAUUUCCUUUAAUACAAAUUAUAUACACAUUCAACUAUGAAUUUUCCUAUGAA